GAGGUGGGGCUCCGGGCCGAGAAGGACGGACUUCCGGCGGUGCCAUUUUGUGCUACCCGGUGCUCGGGGGCUUUGGUUUCCUGACCUGAUGUGGUCUCCACUCUGGUUUGAGGGGAAAUGCCUUAUGUCCAGUGCCUGCAGAGACCUGAGGAUGGAGAGUUCUAGCAAUGGAGGCCCUGCCCAGGUUUUCAGCUUAUGUCCAGAUGGUGAGUGCAGAACACUGGAUGAUGGCAGCCACAUCCCCAGCAGCCAAGUCCCAGCACACCCAGGAACUAGCACUGAGUUCUGGGAGAACUCUGUGUUUUUAACCCAAACCAUCAUCCCCCAGCUUCCUCUCUCAUUAGAAGGGUUUCCAGUCUCAAAACCUGAUCUAACUUCUCAGAUGGAUAGAGGUGAAAGGCUGUGCAUCCAGAACCUUCAGGGAAUGGAGGACAGAGAGGCCCUGAAAAGUGCUUAUCCAGACUAUGGGAUUGAGAUGGAAAACAAGGAGGUUAUUCCAAAGCAGGAAGUGUCUGAAGAAGAUGAAUUCAAGGGCAUACUGUGGACAGGAUUGCAAAGUACGGUUCCUGAGGAGCCUGAACUUGAAGAAGCCCGUGACUCAAAGGACAGUUUGGAGGAGCACAAGGGAAGUUUAGCAUUGAUGAGACUGAGACAUUCUCCCCCUUCCCAAGACAGUGGUUUCAACCGCAUGUCUCUCUCCCAAGGGAGUGUCCCUAAAGAAGAGGGAGGAUGUGAAUAUACUAAGUGUGAGAAAAACUAUGAUCCCACCUCAGACCCUGUUCCAAGUGGUAUAGAAACUGUAGAAGAGAGAUCCCAGAGAUGUGAUGUGUACGACAAAGGCUUUGGACAGGGUUCAGAGCCCCUGACACAUCAGAAUGUCAAUCAUGGGGAAAAACCCUAUGAAUGUAGCGAAUGUGACAAGGCCUUUAGCCGGAGGUCCUAUUUUAUCGAACAUCAAAGGAUCCAUAGUGGUGAGAAACCGUAUGAUUGUAGUGAGUGUGGCAAGGCAUUCAGGUGGUAUUCCGAUGUUGUUUCCCAUCAGAGGAUUCACCGUGGGGAGAAACCUUACCAAUGUAAUGAUUGUGGCAAAGCCUUCCGGAAGAGCUCAGACCUUAUCCAGCAUCAGAGGGUUCAUAGUGGGGAGAAGCCCUAUGACUGUAGUCAUUGUGGCAAAGUCUUUGGUCGAAGCUCCAGCCUUAUUCGGCAUCAAAGAAUUCAUAGUGGAGAGAAGCCCUAUGAAUGUAAUGCAUGUGGGAAGGCUUUCAGAGAUAUUUCUACUUUUAUUAACCAUCAGAAAAUUCAUAGCGGAGAGAAACCCUAUGAAUGUGACGAAUGUGGGAAAGCCUUCAGUCGGAGCUCAAGCCUUAUUGAACAUCAGAGGAUUCAUAGUGGGGAGAAGCCCUAUGAAUGCAAUGAAUGUGGGAAGGCCUUCCGGUGGUGCUCAGACCUAGUUCCACAUCUCAGAAUUCAUAGUGGGGAGAAACCGUUUGAAUGUAAUGAAUGCAAGAAAUCCUUUAGGAAGAGCUCAGAUCUGAUUUUGCAUCAGAGGAUUCAUAGUGGAGAGAAGCCCUAUGAAUGCAAUCAGUGUGGGAAGGCCUUCAGGAAGAGGUCUGAUCUCAUUCAGCAUCAUAGAAUUCACAGUGGAGAGAAACCUUUUAAGUGUAAUGAAUGUGAGAAAGCUUUUAGGACCCGGUCGGAUCUUGUUCAGCAUCUGAGAAUUCAUAGUGAUGAGAAACCUUAUGAAUGUAAUGAAUGUGGGAAAGCUUUCAGGCAGAAUUCAGACCUGAUUCAGCACCAGAGAAUUCAUAGUGGAGAAAAGCCCUAUGAGUGCAACAAAUGUGAGAAAGUCUUCUGUCGAAACUCGAGCCUCAUUCGACAUCAGAGAACUCACAACAGAGAUUAACGUGCAGGGCGUUACCCAUCCCCUGUCCAUGCUAGGGACUUUGGGGAAAAUUGCAAACUCCUUCAGGACGGGCUGCAGUCAAUAGAACUUCCUUCUGGUAGCAAAUGAUAACAGCUGCUUGAAAGACUGAUUGAUCAAUAUUAGAGUGAGGGAGCAGGACUAGUGAAAAUGAAUAUUCACUACGACUCAUCCCUGGCUUAAUGAGCUUUCAGAAUGGCCUCUCAGGUCAGGGACUGAAAUGGAAGAGGCUGUGGGCCCCCCACCCCUCCCUACACACACACACACACACACGGGGAAGAUCCUGUCCUCAUCUCUUGGGCUGUCUGCUACAUCCAAAGGAGGAGGGCUUCUUUCAGGGCAUGACCUGUCCCUUAAUCCUCAGCACCUUUUCUCCAUAAUGACAUGUUUGCAAUUUGACAUCUUUACGAUAUUGUCCUUAGCCAUUCAUUUAGAGGACAUGAAUCUGCUUUAUUAGAGUGGAAGGAGCACUGCUCUGCUGGCCUUCUGUAGGCAGAGUCCAACCCUAGAUACACAACUAAUUUUUAUUGGUUCCCCCAGCUCUUGAGGGAAAUUAACAUUCUUUGGGACAGCCUCUGCCUCAACACAUCAACACACAUACUUUCUGUCUAAUGCCACUGUCCUCCCAGCUAGAACUCCUUUCUAGGCAUGUAGCCCAGCUGAAUUCUUCACUUUACUCUCUUGGCUCCUGACUCAAGAACCUACUUUUGCAUCAGCCAUCCAGAAGAUGGUGGUGAUGGGGACACAUAAUCUGGGUUCAGUUGGAUUAGGGAAUUCUCACUGGGGAGGCGGAAGUGGAGCAGCUAGGGCUAAGGAUGGGGUAGAGAGGAUGGCUAGAGUGCAGUAGUGGGCAUGGUCCCCGAGCUCCCUCACUUCUCUAGGAAGCUCCUUCUAUUAAGGCCUACCUGGUGCCUCCUCCAUGAAGCCUUCCUUCCCUUAGUGACCCUUGUUUCUGAUUCCUGCUAGCACUUUGACCUUUGCACUUGUUUCACUCCCCCUUAUAUGAUUUUUGUGGUAUUUGUGUGUCCUUAUUCUAUUGUGAAUUCCUUGAGAGUAGAGUCUAUGUCAUAUAUCUUUGGAGACCUGGUGCCAAGCACAGGACCUUGCACAUAGUAGGUGCUUAAUUAGUGUUGGUUGAUUUAUUAAUAAAGGUGAAACUACUGAUAGGUGUGGGAUAGAAUCACAGGAUUUAAAACUUGGAAGGGACCUUAGAGAUCACCCAAUCUUUUUAUUUUAUAUUAGUCAAAAUCAAGUUCAGGAUCUCCAAGUUCCAGAUUCCAGCCUGAGUAAUGCCCAGUAAGAAAAGGAACACCUGGGCCUGGAGUUGAGAAAAACCUGCUUCUUGCCAUCUACUAGUUUGGCUGUAGACAAGUCAUUUAAUCUCUGAGCCUUGAUUUACUUAUCUGCAACAUGGGCAUAAUACCUAUAGUACUCACUGUUUUUUUUUUUUAAGGAUCAAAUUAGAUCGUGUAUUUAAAGCACUUUGAAGAGGGUUGCCAUCAUUUUGACUGAGGUGGCCUGGGAGCCCCUGUAUGGUAUCUGACUCGACCUGAAGCCUCAGGCAAGUCACCCUUCCCUGGCAGUUUUGCCCUCUAUAAAAUGAAGGAUUUGGAGUUGAUGAUCUCAAAGUUUGCUUUGAGCUCAAAAAGACUAGUUGAAUCAGUAGAGGAAAUUCCUUCGGGCCAUGUGGGGCCUGGUCUGUCCAGGUAGCUAAGAGAAAGCCACAGGAGGAGGGAAGGGCAAGUAGAACCAGCUGGAUCUGGAAAAGGAUGGCAGGAAGAGCCUUCAAAGGAGACUUGAGAUCCCUGUGGUCAGUGUGGCCUGAACCACUAGCUUUUGUGAAAGUUUCUCUUUGCCUCUCUGAGCCUCUGUUUCCCUAUCUGGGAUAACACUUUUACUCCCCACCUCACAGGGUUGUUGUGAGGAAAGAUGUUUUGUAAAUGGUGACAUUGCAUAUAAACGUGCGCUGUUACUAA